AUGGCGGUUAAGACGGAUAUGAGCAAGGCGUAUGAUCGUCUUGAGUGGGAUUUUAUAUCCCUAGUGUUGCUUCGGUUGGGAUUCCACCAAAAUCUCGUAGACUGCAUUAUGCAAUGUAUCUCUUCAGUUACAUACUCCUUCCUCAUUAACGGCUUGCCUAGAGGGAAGGUAGUACCGAGUAGAGGAAUCCGUCAAGGAGACCCUCUUUCUCCCUACAUAUUCAUUUUGUGUAGUGAGGUUCUCUCGGGAUUAUGUAACAGGGCGCAAGAAGAUGGCUCUCUCCAAGGGCUGCGGGUGGCGAGGGCAAGCCCUCGGGUUAACCACCUUCUUUUUGCGGAUGCUACUAUGUUCUUCCUCGACUCUAACAGAGGGAACUGCGCAGCGCUACGAGAUAUCUUGAGCAAAUAUGAAGAAGCAUCGGGUCAGGCUAUUAAUAAAGACAAAUCGGCAAUUACCUUUUCUCGGCGGACUCCGGAAGCAACUAAGUUGAUGGUGAAAGAGGAACUAUACAAUCCGCGGUUACUAGAUUCUGGUGGGAUAAUAACGAGAACAAGAAGAAAAUGGCGUGGGUUUCUUGGUCAUCAAUGGCGACACCUAAGGCCCUCAGUGGCUUGGGGGGUUCGGGAUUUCCAGACCUUCAACAUAGCGUUGCUAGCCAAAACGGGCUGGAGGCUUCUGCAAAACCCGAACUGCCUCAUAUCCCGAGUGUUGAUGGGAAAAUACAGCCCUGAUUCGAAUAUCUUGCUAGCCACGGGCUCUUCUGAUAUGUCUCACGGUUGGCGGAGCGUCCUGCUAGGGAGGGACCUGCUGAUUAAAAACUUAGGCUGGCUUGUAGGAGAUGGCAAAUCUAUUCAGGUGUGGCAAGAUCCUUGGCUGAGCGCCACCACCCAGGAACGCCCAAUGGGUCCAGCAAAUGAGCUUCAGCUGCAACUUCGAGUCUCUGAUUUGAUGUUGCAAGGGACGUGUGACUGGGAUGAAGAAAAAAUUCUUCAGUGUGUCCCUGAAUACGUAGAGAAAAUCCAGUGCUUAAAGCCUAGUAACACCGGGGCUCCGGAUAAACUAAUAUGGCUGGGAACAAAGACGGGCGUCUACUCCAAUAAAUCAGGAUACUAUUCGGAAGUGGACAAAAUGCUGAAUGGAGAUGUAGGCCUGGGAGGAAGAGCUUUUAACUGGAAAAAGAACGUUUGGGAGCUAGAGUGUGCCCCAAAAAUCAAGACUUUUGCAUGGAAACUGCUUAAAGGAGCAUUACCGGUGGGAGAACGCUUAACAGAUCGACAUAUCCCGGUAGACCCAAGCUGUAAAAGGUGUGGAGCCUCAGAAUCUAUUACUCAUCUUUUCUUCCAGUGUCCGUAUGCCCGGAAGGCUCGCAACAAGUUUGUAUUUGAAGGAUUCUCCUGCUCACCGGAGGAUACCCUGUCCUUGGCUCUGCAAAUGGCGAGGGAACUGGAAACAAAACAGAGUAAGGAACCAGUGCGGAAACAAAUGAGGUCUCUGAACCAGAUUCAGCCGCCUCCAGGCUUUACGGUGGUACGAUCAGAUGCUGUGUGGUCUCCAACUGGAACGAUGGCGGGGUUGGGAUGGGUUGUCCUCUCUCCUUCUGGCCAUCGACCCUUCCAUAAGCGGACCACUUUUGUAUCCUCUGCUCUUGUGGCGGAAGGAUUGGCUCUCUUGGAAGCUGUUCGCUCGAGCGUUAGGGACAAGCUAACGACGGUGGUCUUCGAAACCGACUCUGCUCAAAUGAUUAAGGCGCUCUCUCCUGGCAACUGCAGGCCGGAGCUUUAUGGUGUGGUUGCAGACAUUCUAUCCCUCUCUGCUUCCUUUGAUUUUAUUUCCUUUCGCUGGAUUGGCCGUGAGCAUAAUAUCCAAGUUGAUGCUUUGGCAAAGUAUGUUUUGAAUGUUGCUGGUAGUUCGGUUGUUGAUGAAGUUAUUGUAACUUCCAACUAA